AUGUCUACUGCGCCGGCGAGUUCAAAGUCUCUCCAUGGUUUUUCCCGUGGAGCUCAAGUCUCUGCUAUGACUGAGGCGAAAUCGGAGAGGACCGCAUCUCCAUCGGCGGUUUCUAACCGAACGGUGGCCUCACGGUCGAGUCGUCAGCCGCGGCUCUCUUUCUCAAUCUUCGCUCCGUCAUCCGAGAGCGAUCACCCGAAGAAGCUGAAAUCCGAUGCUACCGAAGAGAAUCCGCCACAGAGAGAGGAAGUUCCGGUGUCUAUGAAGGAGGGAGAAGAAGCGGAGGAGGAGGACGAGGAGGAGGAGGUGAAGAGGACUUGGAAUCUGCGGCCGAGGAAGGUUUUCGGCGGUUCGAAGAGGGGAAACGGCGUGAUCCACGCGGAGGCGUGCGCCGGAGGAGCUUCGGAGGCGAAGAAUCAGAAAUCAGGCGGAGUAAUGGAGCCGAAAUCGAACAGGCAGAGAGGAAUCCCGGCGGAAUCUCCCGGAUUAGGCGGCGUUGAGUUAACGAGCGAGAAUCACAGACUUUGGGUGGCUCUCUCUAGAGACGAGAUCGAGGAAGACGUGUUCAGCAUGAGCGGAAGCAGGCCAUCUCGCCGGCCACGGAAGAGAACCAAGACCUUGCAGAAACAUAUGGAUGUUCUUUCUCCUGGAUUGUGUCUUGUUGGGAUGAAUGCUGAUUGCUUCAGAGUAUCCAAUUCUCCGGCUAAGAAAGAUGUAACUCAGCGAUUAUGUUUCACUUGCAGAGAUGAUGAUUCGGAAAAAGAUAGUGUUUUGGUGAAGAAAGAAGGUAGAUAG